ACCUCUGCUUAUCUCCAUUUUCUUUCUAGAAUAUGGUAUCAAGUUUUCGCGUGUCUGAACUACAAGUGUUGUUGGGUUUUGCUGGACGUAACAAAAGCGGGCGGAAGCAUGACCUCCUGAUGAGGGCACUGCACUUACUGAAGAGUGGCUGCAGCCCAGCAGUUCAGAUAAAAAUCCGAGAACUCUAUAGGCGUCGGUACCCAAGGACAAUUGAAGGACUUUCGGACUUAUCGGCGAUAAAACCUGCAGUCUUCAAUUUGGACAGUAGUUCCUCUCCUGUAGAGCCUGACUUGGCUGUUGCCGGGAUUCACCCGCUCCCGUCUACGUCGGUCACGCCUCAGUCUCCCUCGUCGCCUGUCAGUUCGGUGCUCCUCCAAGACACUAAGCCGCACUUUGAGAUGCAGCAACCAUCCCCUCCGAUUCCACCCGUUCAUCCUGAUGUUCAACUAAAAAGCCUACCUUUUUAUGAUGUGCUUGAUGUGCUCAUCAAACCUACAAGCCUAGUACAGAGCAGUAUUCAGAGAUUCCAAGAGAAGUUUUUUAUCUUUGCUUUAACACCUCAGCAGGUCAGAGAAAUCUGUAUUUCCAGGGACUUCUUGCCAGGAGGCAGGAGAGACUACACAGUCCAAGUUCAGCUAAGGUUAUGCCUAGCAGAGACAAGCUGCCCUCAAGAAGAUAAUUACCCUAAUAGUUUGUGUAUUAAAGUAAAUGGGAAGCUGUUUCCAUUGCCGGGAUAUGCUCCACCGCCAAAAAAUGGAAUUGAGCAGAAGCGGCCUGGGCGCCCCUUGAAUAUAACAUCUCUAGUUAGGUUGUCCUCUGCAGUGCCAAACCAGAUUUCCAUUUCCUGGGCUUCUGAAAUUGGAAAGAACUACUCCAUGUCUGUGUAUCUCGUUCGUCAGCUUACUUCAGCUAUGCUUUUGCAGAGGUUAAAAAUGAAAGGUAUCAGAAACCCUGAUCAUUCCAGAGCACUAAUUAAAGAAAAACUAACUGCAGAUCCUGAUAGUGAGAUUGCCACAACCAGUCUGCGAGUAUCUCUGAUGUGUCCUCUGGGGAAAAUGAGACUGACAAUCCCAUGCCGGGCUGUUACUUGCACACACCUGCAAUGUUUUGAUGCUGCUCUUUAUCUUCAAAUGAAUGAAAAGAAGCCUACCUGGAUUUGUCCUGUCUGUGACAAAAAGGCAGCUUACGAGAGCCUAAUAUUAGAUGGGCUCUUUAUGGAAAUCCUAAAUGAAUGUUCAGAUGUGGACGAGAUUAAAUUCCAAGAGGAUGGUUCCUGGUGUCCUAUGAGGCCUAAGAAAGAAGCUGUGAAAGUCUCUAGUCCACAGUGCACCAAAAUAGAAAGUUCCAGUGUUGUUAGCAAACCAUGUGCUGUGACAGUGGCCAAUGAGGUGAACAAGAAGAAAGUUGAUGUUAUUGACUUGACAAUAGAAAGCUCCUCUGAUGAAGAGGAAGAUCCUCCUGCCAAAAGGAAGUGCAUAUUUAUGUCUGAAACGCAAGGAAGCCCAACCAAAGGGGUUCUCAUGUAUCAGCCGUCUACUGUAAGAGUGCCCAGUGUGACAACAGUUGAUGCUGCUGCUAUUCCUCCUUCAUUAACAGACUACCCAGUACCAUUCCAUCAUCCACCAAUAUCCAGUAUUUCAUCGGACCUGCCAGGUCUGGAUUUUCUUUCACUAAUCCCAGUUGAUUCACAGUACUGUCCUCCUAUGUUUUUGGAUAGUCUCACCUCAACCUUAACAAGCAGCACGCCUGGCAGCAUCAUCACAUCAACCAGUCACCACGAGAGCAGCACUCACGUUAGCUCCUCGAGCAGGAGCGAGACUGGAGUUAUAACCAGCAGUGGAGGCAGCGCUCCUGACAUCAUCUCACUGGACUGAAACAAGGGGCAGCAUGGGACUCCAGGAGAAAUCACACAGAGCUGCUUGUUGUGUCUCUGGAACUGCAGCGUCUUGGAAGUUAUUCCGAUAUUUAUUGAAAAGAUUUGCCUUCUGGAAAAUGGAGUAAAUUCAUCUACACUAGGAACAGAAGUGAUUAGAAUUUUUUUUUUCUUGCUCAUUAAAUAGCUGGUAGAGAAAAGGCCCCUUCAGAACCUGCUUUUACCCUUUUGGCUUGUUCUGGGGAAACUGACUUUUUGUUGCUGGAUGGAGUCCAAAAAUGGUUUUUAAUUUUGUUGUCAAAACAGCAAUAAUGUAAAAAAAAACAAACAAACUUUUUUUUAAUUAAAAAAAAAAGGCACUUAACCACUCUAGAACAACAACAACCUGGACAAAGGUGCAGAAGUGUAUGCAUUGGUGAAUUUUUAAUACCUUCUCAACUGGGGCCUGUAAUAAACUUCAUUAAGACAAUGAAGCUUUGUGAAAUAGCCAUGACUUGUGUUUUAUAUUUCUCUUGCUCCCUUCUUCCUCCUGUGCUGGAAGGUAUGGGAAGCCUCUGUAAAUGUGUUGGCUUUUUUUCCUGAUUUCGUGUUGUUCACAAAUGCAACAGAAUCCUAAACUGUGACUUCUUCCUCUUAACGUUCUUUGGGCUGGGAAGGGGACAAAUUAUCUAUGCAAACCCUGCAUUAUACAAACUGUGCUGUCACUCCACAACUAUGACACCUCCCCUGAAAAAAACCCCGUACCUCCAAAAUCAACUGAACAACUCUGCACCACUGAGCUAUAGUUGACUCUCUGGCCUGACAACUUUAAGGGCUGAUAAGAAAGAACUAUUUGGAUUAUAGAGUCCUUGUUGGUCCUUACUGUAAAUGCCAACCUGCCCCAGAUGGUAAACUCAAGUGUGUGCUUUGUAUGGCAGCUGUAAGGAGAGAGUGUCUCUCUCAUGCUUUAUCUAAUGCAGGAUUGUUUUCUAGGAGGUCCUGCCCGUGGCUUCUGUUACUUCAUUAACUGUUGUAUCCUGUUGGGUGAUACUGCAGUUUGACUUGCCAUGGUGGAGACUUGUUGUUUUGGAAGACAAAUGCUGUAGGUGUGUGCUCUUCCACCUAACCAGUGCUACAUGUUUAGGAUUUAGUAACAUUGUCCUGUAUUACAUGGCUGUCUAAUCAUGGCUUUUCUAAUUAGACCGACAACACUUCCUCCUAUUUGAAUACGCUGAAUCUGCUGCUUUGUUCUGUGUAUGCAGUGUUUCCCCACACAUGUAUGCACACAUGUCUAGGGAUAACCUCCUUAGUACUGUCUGUGGAAGAGGUUACAGACCAGGAAAAUCAAAUCAUUUCCAUAGAGCUGGAAUAAUGGUAUUGUCUAUGUAUGUUGACAUAGCAACUUUCCAAGUGUUUGUUGUGUUUCUGUUGAG